AUGAGUGGAAAGGAAGACAGCUGGAGUGACUUUCUUGGAUUACUUUUAAAAGCUCAUCGUGAUUCCAAUAAAAACCAGAGGAUUUCAGUGGAUGAUUUAGUUGAUGAGUGCAAGACAUUUUACUUUGCUGGACAAGAGACCACUAAUACUCUGCUCGGGUGGACCGUGUUUCUUCUGGCACACCAUACGGAUUGGCAAGAGGAAGCAAGGAAGGAGGUCCUGCAAUUAUUUGGCAAAGAAACACCAAAUCCUGAUGGCAUUGCCGAACUAAAAACAAUGAGUAUGAUCCUCAAUGAGUGUCUAAGGUUAUAUCCUCCAAUCAUAUCCCUUGUAAGAAAGGUUGAGAAAGAGGUUAGACUGGGAAAGCUCAUAAUUCCUGCUAAUGUUGAAUUGCACAUACCAAGUCUAGCACUGCACCAUGAACCAGAGUUUUGGGGACAAGAAGUGGAACUAUUCAAACCAGAGAGAUUUGCUGAAGGGGUUGUUAAAGCUACUAACAACAACAUAGGCACAUUCUUACCCUUUGGAACAGGACCUCGGAAUUGUGUAGGCUUCGACUAUACGACCACUGAAGCAAAGAUUGCUCUGUCAAUGAUUCUACAAUGCUACACCUUCACAUUCUCCCAGGGUUAUGUUCACUCGCCCUUCCAUUAUGUCACACUUCGCCCACAACAUGGAGUUCAAGUGACAGUAAUACUACACUCAUUGUGA